CAGCGAGCCUCCAAGGCGAACAACGGCUUCCACCACCACAAAUUUUGCCCUCCUCAACCCACGCCUGCCAUCGAUUUCUUGCCGUGUGCAGACGCCUCCUACAUAAUGCCGGCUCCCACAAACACCCUUCUUAUCGAAGGGUCUUUCACCGAGCUGUGCGAGGAGCUCGCUCAGUACAUCGACGUCCUCCGCAAAGAUGAGGGGUCUAGCAUCCACGCCGAAGUCCUGCCUCUGCUCGAGCCCCUCCGCCAGCAAGAACAAAAUGGCGAGGAGCCAAGUCUGCAACAACGGGAUGAGGUGUUGAAAAAGGUCGUUGCUGCUGGCGCCGUUCUCAAUAGCGCCCCCGAAAAAGAAAUCACCGCUGCCUAUAAUCUUCUCGUACACCUCAUUCAGCAGUCUUCGGAUCCAGAUAUUUUCUUGUCGCGCAUCUGCACCUACCUCUCCAAGCCGGUCACAUCCUCUCCACAAUUCGGCCCUAUGUUGGCCAUCUCUAUCCUGACGACUGUCUUCAACACACUCUCUCCUUCAGACUCCAGUCGGUACCAUGUUUUCCUGGCCAUCAUUGCUGUCAUUCGCCAGUCAGGCGCUACCAGUGCCUAUGAGGCACUCAAGACUCAGCUCGUUGUUCAGUUGAAGAAUUGGCUUGCCACGUGGGAGUUGGAUGAGGACGAUGAACAAAAAUUGCACCUCGCCAUUGCCGACGCUGCUGAAGCCGCUGGUGAUAGCCAAAUGGCUCACACUCAUGUUGUGGAAGCACUUCAGACGAUUGAUGCAAGCGAAGCAUCAUCCAAAGAGUCGCGCGAGCUUGCUGUUCGCGCUCUCACAUCGGCAUUAUCGCACCCAGCCACUUUCGAUUUCACCCCGUUGACUGCCUCAGAUGCGAUUCAGGCGCUACGGACCAGUGAUACCUCACUUUUUGAGCUGCUCGAAAUCUUUGCUGCCGAUACCCUCGACACCUACGACGACUUUGUCUCAUCCACACCAUUGAGCUCCAUCUCUGGGGGGGUCCUUGCCGAGGCCGGCGAUGCCUUGCAGACCAAGAUGCGAUUGUUGACAUUAGCCUCUCUGGCCUCCUCCACACCUUCACGGUCUCUUCCUUAUGCUACCAUAGCUUCCGCGCUCCGUAUUGCAGAUACUGAUGUAGAGAAGUGGGUAAUCGACACCAUUCGGGCUGGUCUGGUCGAGGGCAAACUGUCCCAGUUGCGCUCCGAAUUUUUGGUACAUCGUGCCACCUACCGAGUCUUUGGCGAGAAGCAGUGGGCUGAGGUUCAGGGUCGCUUGUUCGUCUGGCGUCGCAGCCUUGAGGGAGUGCUCGAUGUGAUCCGUAGUGAACGGGAGCGAUAUACCCGAGAGCUUCAACAACAGCAAAUUGCUGCCCAAGCCGCGGAGGAAGGGGCUGCCAAGGGAGACAAGAAAGCAAAUGGCGAUCGGAGACGACCACAUCAGCAGCAGCAGCAACAACCACGUGAAGUCGAUCUUGUUGCUGGCGGGGGUGAUUAGACAAGGGUAGAAGACUUGGUUCAAAUGACAGACAUUCAUUUUCCUACCUUUCGUAAAGGAAGACAAACACAAGACUUGUUUUCCACUCAUUCCAUGUAUGCAUGAGCAUGGCCGGAUCUAGGAGCCUGUUCGUGUCCUACAAAUCCUUGCGCCUAUAAUUCGACCUUUUUUCUGUUAUGGAUUAGCUGAUUCAUUUUCCUUCACAUUUUCUUUUGUCUUGUCAUACACGGUUGGGGGUGUUUUUAAUCGUUUUGAGGCUCUUGGGACUGAUCAAAAUGACCAACGUUAUACUCACUUUUCAUGAUUGAUAUUGUCUUGGACAUAACCUCAUUAUGCAUGUUCUCUACAGGUUAGAAUUCUAAAUGUGUAGGCAAAAAGUGACAAUUACAAAGAGAUCAAAAAAUAAAAAGC